GCCAUAGUAAUUAGCGGUCGCGUAGCAACGCCUUAAACAAGGUGAGGUGAGCUAACAGAUUAGCCAAGUAGCUAAAGCAGGUCCCGACCUUUACAAACUAUCCAGAAAGAGAUGUCGCUUUAAGAAUGAUGGAUCGAGAACUGAGCGAAGACGAACUGCAGGAUUUGUACGCAUGGCUAGACAAAAUACCGCUGUCGCGACCCAAGAGACACAUCACAAGAGACUUCAGCGACGGAGUGAUGACUGCUGAGGUUGUAAAACAUUUCCUCCCAAAGCUUGUUGACCUGCAUAACUAUAUUCCUGCUAACUCCACACCACAGAAGCUCAAUAACUGGAGCCUCCUCAACAGGAAGGUGUUUUCCAAACUGAACUUUCACGUGCCAGUGGAGACAGUGAGGAGGAUUGUACUGAACACUGCAGGAGUGAUAGAGCCUGUACUGAGCACCCUCAGGGAACAGAUAGACAAGAAACUGGAGCCCUUCACAAACAACAAUCUGGAUGGGGGAUACUAUAUCACCAGGAAUGAGGAGAAAACUCAUGCAGAAAUUCAUCAGAUUGAAGCAAAACAUCUGGCUCAUCUGGCAGGAGGAGACAUGAAAAAAGAUGGAAAGAGCAGACCGAAAAACAGCCAGCAGCAGCACAAAGUGCAGUUUUACACAGACAUGGAUCCUACUUCUCAACAAAUCCUACAGGAAAAAGAGCAAGAUAUCCUGGCUUUGCAGGAGACUGUGGAGAUCCUGAAGUUGAAAGUGAACAAAUUAGAACAUCUUCUUCACUUGAAGGACAUGCGUAUUGAAGACCUGACACGGCAUCUGGAGAUGUACAAAGCAAAAAACAAUACACGCUGAUAUAAACAUGUACACCGACAAUAUGAAAGACACACUGACGCACAGAAGAUUUAUUGUAGUAGCUCUGAGAUGUAACCCCUGUAAUAUCAACAGUGAAGUCUUACUUUAUUAAAAAUAAUUUGUCACAGCA